UCCAUGAGAAAAACAACCCGAAAUUAAAGAAAAAUCUACGAGUAAAAGACUUGUCCUCCAAUUUCCCAACUCCCCAAUCCCGUCACUUCCGCGAGCUCGCUCUGCAGUCGCAGCUUCACCAAUCACCACGCUUCCUCCACGCACAUCCUGCUAGAUCAAAUCUCAAAAAUCCUACGACUACCGUACGGGUGAGUAGUAGUAGUAGUAAGCGGCGAUCGGAUCGAAUCGAAUCAUCGGUGGUGGUGGCUGCUACCCCCAACCGCCGAUAAGCUAAAAUCACACUCCACUUCACUCGCUCGCCUCGCGUUGGCGUCGGCGAGAGGAGGGGAGGAGGAGGAGGUGGUGCCGUGGUGGUGGCGCUGGGUCCCCGACGGCGGCGUGGGUGGAGAUGAAGGCCAAGAGCCUACCCUUCAUCGCCGCGGAGCACAAGCGGGAUGCAUAUGGAUUCGCUGUGCGGCCACAACAUUUGCAACGGUACAGAGAGUAUGCAAACAUCUACAAGGAGGAGGAAGAGGAGAGAUCUGAGAGAUGGAAGAGUUUUCUGGAUAGGCAAGCCGAAGACGACGAAUCCUCUGGAGAGGAUGCCAAGGUCUCACCAUCCGUCGAGGACGAAGAAGCCUGCAAAAGUGCUGAGGAUGGAAGGUCCAAAUUGUCAGAUGAACAAAAAGUGAAACAGCAGAGACCACAUAAAAUUGAAAUAUGGUCCGAAAUUAGGCCCUCCUUGGGCCACAUUGGUGAGAUGAUGAGCUUGCGUGUCAAGAAGAAGGGAUCUUCUGCAGAUAAGGAGAAUGCGGCGAAUGAACUCCACUCUGCAAAUAAUGAAGAAAGCAAACCCUCAGAGGACUCAGAUGAUGAGUUCUAUGAUGUAGAGAAAGUUGAUCCCAACCAAGAAGGGCCUGUUGCUGACAGUGCUGAUGCUGAUUCAGGCAUGAAUGAUGAUGCAAAUCAAGAAGAGCAUUAUCCUUGGAAGGAAGAAUUGAAAUACUUAGUGAGUGAUGGGUUGCCAAUGGCUCUGAGAGGAGAGCUAUGGCAAGCUUUUGUUGGUAUAGGAGCUCGUCGGGUCAAAGGCUACUAUGAGUCUCUCCUUGCAGCGGAUGAUGAAAGAGAGAACAGCAAAGGUUCUGAUUCUCCAACUAUGGAUGGAAAACCAAAGGGAUCACCAUUUUCUUCUGAAAAGUGGAAAGGACAAAUAGAGAAGGAUUUGCCUAGAACAUUCCCAGGUCAUCCUGCACUAGAUGAGGAUGGCAGAAAUGCUUUAAGACGCUUGCUCACAGCUUAUGCGAGACAUAAUCCAUCAGUUGGUUACUGUCAGGCGAUGAAUUUCUUUGCUGGUCUGUUACUUCUACUAAUGCCAGAGGAGAAUGCAUUUUGGGCAUUGACGGGCAUUAUGGAUGAUUAUUUUGAUGGCUACUUUUCUGAAGAAAUGAUAGAAUGUCAGGUUGAUCAGCUUGUUUUAGAGGAGUUAGUCCGGGAGAAAUUUCCAAAACUAGUAAAUCACCUGGAUUACCUUGGCGUUCAAGUUGCAUGGGUUACUGGACCAUGGUUCCUAUCUAUUUUCAUGAACAUGCUACCAUGGGAAAGUGUUCUUCGAGUUUGGGAUGUGCUUCUGUUUGAUGGAAAUCGUGUCAUGCUCUUUCGAACAGCUCUUGCCCUAAUGGAGUUGUAUGGUCCUGCACUCGUGACAACAAAGGAUGCUGGGGAUGCUGUAACCCUUUUACAAUCUUUAGCCGGUUCCACUUUUGACAGCAGCCAACUUGUUUUAACAGCAUGCAUGGGGUAUCAAGCUGUAGAUGAAGCACGGUUGCAAGAACUGCGAAAUAAACACCGGCCAUCUGUUAUAUCUUCAAUGGAACAGAGAGCAAAAGGUCUUCGUGUUUGGAGAGACACCAAUGGCCUUGCAUCAAAACUUUACAAUUUCAAGCGUGACCCUGAACCAUUGGUGUCAUUAUCAGCAGAACAAUUAAGUGACUUGACAGAAACUAGUUCUGGAAGUACAGAUGACAUGUAUAGUGGCCUGACUGUCAACACUGAGAUUGAUUCUUUGCCUGAUCCAAAAGACCAGGUGGUCUGGCUGAAGGUUGAGUUAUGCCAACUACUAGAGGAGAGAAGAUCGGCUGUUCUGAGGGCUGAUGAAUUAGAGACAGCGUUGAUGGAGAUGGUUAAGCAGGAUAAUAGGCGGGAAUUAAGCGCUAAGGUCGAGCAAUUGGAACAGGAGUUAUCUGAUCUAAGGCAAUCUCUAUUAGACAAGCAAGAGCAGGAGCAAGCAAUGCUUCAGGUCCUGAUGCGUGUAGAACAAGAACAGAAAGUCACUGAGGAUGCCCGCAUAUUCGCUGAGCGAGAUGCUGCUGCUCAGAAAUAUGCUGCACAUGUGCUCCAGGAAAAGUACGAGGAAGCUAUGGCUUCACUGGCACAAAUGGAGAACAGAGCAGUCAUGGCAGAAACUAUGCUGGAAGCAACACUGCAGUAUCAAUCUAGCCAGCAAAAGGCACAAUUGCCAUCCCCCUCACCUUCUCCAAGGACACCAACACGAGAUGCAUCACCUAACCAAGUGAACCAAGAUUCAUCGCAGGAGUUUCAACCUAGAAGAAUAAGUUUGCUUGCUCCGUUUUCCCUUGGUUGGCGUGACAAGAACAAGGUCAAACAGAGUAUCUCCGAUGAGUCAACAAAUGCCAAGCUUAAUAGCAAUACUGAGCAAAUGGUCCACACACCCAAGAAGGAUGAUGAAACGCAAGAGGACUCUCCGCAGGAGGGUGAACAGCGAGUGGAUACGCCUAGAAGAGAUAGUGAACACAGAUUAGAGACGGCCGAGAUCGCAACAAAUAAUAUGAAUGGGCAGGAAGAACAAUUGGAAGAAAUAAAGUUGGAUUGAUAAGCACCCUAGUCCAUCCUUCAAAGUUUACCAAUAUGUUCAACUACUGCCGUGGUAGUGAAAGGGAUGCAGAAGCCACAAUGUACGGCCAAUCAAAAAGUAUGUGUUGUAUUUAUUUAUUUAUUUUUAGUUUCUCCUACGCUCUUUUUCCCUCUUAUUUUUGUCUUUGUUUCGCAACCAUUUUUUUAGGUUUAUAGAUUUAAUCUUUUUUAGCCACAGCUUAUGGGAGAGAAUAAGUUAUGUUUAUUCAUUCAAUCAGGAUGAGUUGUAAGUUACCGAUAGCCACAUGAAAAAUGUAUCAAAUGAAUGGGUAUGCUUGCCGGUCUGGAAGAGCACGCUCGCUAUUUGACGUCACUGAAAAGAAGAUGUUGCUGUUCGUGCAUGUUAUG